GCCGGUAGUCUCUUUGGAAACUUCUGCGGGGAAAGAGCUAGGAAGAGCUGCAAAGCGGUGUGGGGCUUUUCCUCUUUUUCGCUCCUUCUAAUUACCCUCUCUUCCGUUUGCACCCUUCUCCCGACUUCACGCAGAACCUGCGAAUUUCGAAGAGGUGGUUGCAGAGCGGGAGAAAAGAGGUGUUAGGGUUUUGGAUCUUUUUUUUUUUAUUUCUUGAUUUCAACAUUUUCCCUUACCCUUGCGGCUGCAGCCGCCGCCUCCUACCUGUUCCGCGCAGCCGCGCGCCGCUAGCAGCUGAGGGUUAGAAAGGAGUAGGGUGUACUUUAGAUUUUAAACAAAAUUUUUGAAGACAAAUCCAUUUUUCUCCACCCACCCCGUCUUCCCCACAGCCUCCGAGCUCUCUAUUCCGGUGGUUGCUUUGGGGUGGACAGUUUUUGGCUUGUCCCCCUGCACUUCUGACCAGGUCGGGCUUGGGGGUUGUUUGUCCAGCCCCAGUCCCAGUGCGUGCACCUGGCGCUGCUCUUUCCCCCCAACCUGUUGCAAAUCUUUAGUCCUGGUAACUGGGACUUGCUUGCAAGCACCCCAGCCCUCCAACUCUCCCCACAUUUUGCAAUUGUCUGGGGAAGGGCACCUGCUCUACCUGCCAGAAAAAAAAAAUUUUUUUUUUAAUUUUCUCCGGCACCCUCCUGGCCCCUUUGUCCCUGCACUCUCACUCUCCUGCCCCGCCCCAAGGUAAAGGGAGAGACUCGGAGAAGAUGGUGCUCACCGCGGUCCUACUGCUGCUGGCCGCCUGUGCGGGACCGGCCCAGGGCCUGGGCUCCUUCGUGCACUGCGAGCCCUGCGACGAGAAAGCCCUGUCCAUGUGCCCCCCCAGCCCCCUGGGCUGCGAGCUAGUCAAGGAGCCGGGCUGCGGCUGCUGCAUGACUUGCGCCCUGGCGGAGGGGCAGUCGUGCGGCGUCUACACCGAGCGCUGCGCCCAGGGGCUGCGCUGCCUCCCGCGGCAGGAUGAGGAGAAACCGCUGCACGCCCUGCUGCACGGCCGCGGGGUUUGCCUGAACGAAAAGAGCUACCGCGAGCAAGUCAAGAUCGAGCGAGACUCCCAGGAGCACGAGGACCCCACCACCUCCGAGAUGGCAGAGGAGACCUACUCCCCCAAGAUCUUCCGGCCCAAGCACACUCGCAUCUCCGAGCUGAAGGCCGAGGCCGUGAAGAAGGACCGCAGGAAGAAGCUGACCCAGUCCAAGUUUGUGGGAGGAGCGGAGAACACCGCCCACCCCCGGGUCAUCUCUGCGCCUGAGAUGAGACAGGAAUCCGAGCAGGGCCCCUGCCGCAGACACAUGGAGGCUUCCCUGCAGGAGCUCAAAGCCAGCCCUCGCAUGGUGCCUCGUGCCGUGUACCUGCCCAACUGUGACCGCAAAGGAUUCUACAAGAGAAAGCAGUGCAAGCCUUCCCGUGGCCGCAAACGUGGCAUCUGCUGGUGCGUGGACAAGUACGGCAUGAAGCUGCCCAGCAUGGAGUAUGUCGACGGGGACUUUCAGUGCCACACCUUCGACAGCAGCAACGUUGAGUGAUGCGUCCCCUCCCCACCCUUCCCGCACCCCCUCCCACCCCCAGCCCCAACUCCAGCCAGUGCCUCCCUCCACCCUAGGACGCCACUCAUUUCAUCUCAUUUAAGGGAAAAAAUGCAUAUAUCUAUCUAAUUGAGGAAACUGAGGACCUCGGAAUCUCUAGCAAGGUCUCAACUUUGAAAAUGGCAACAGCGGAGAUGAAAAAAGCUAAGGAGACCCCCCCCCCUUUAAAUGGUUUUCUUUUUGAAGCAAGUUGAAUGAACGAGGAAAGGAAGAGAGGAAGCACAGGAGGAAGCGAAGGGAAGAGGCAUGGGUGUAGGAGAGAGGGAACGAUGAACAGGGUCAGGAAAAGGCAGGAGGCAUGUGGGCAGGAAGGAAAGACCAGGCACCGUGGCUGGAUCCACCUUCCACGAGCAGCCCCGGCCCGAGCUGGGGACACGUUGGGCACUAGAAGUUGUGGCCCAACCUGUAUUUGAUGGCACGCUUGGAGCUUUCGCAGUUUGCAGUUUAGAUUGGUCACAAGGGGAGAAAGGACUAGACAAAAGGGUGUCAUUGCCUCUCCUGUAUCUAUCUCCUCCUCCAGCCAGCAAUGUGGGUGGCUCGAACCCUCCUUCCUCUGUCCACCCCAGUAGAGUGUUCUCUCCCCCCAAAUUUAUAGACACUAAAUGCAUUCCAUUCCUCUCGAAACAAAACAAAUGAACAACCGAGGGAUAUUAGAUAGAUAGGAUUUCCUAAGCAGACACAUAAGUGUUCAAUGUGUGUGCAGAUUUCCCUGUGCAAACUCUUAGGAAUCAGCACAGACCCCAGCAGUGGGAGGACUCGUUCCUCCGGGGAGACUGAGACGCGCAAGGAAGCGUGCGGUCUCGGCCCCUCCACGCAUUCAAUUCGCACCUAGCACAGCCUCUGUGGGGGAGGAUAGGCUGAAAAAAAAGUGGGCUUGUAUUUAUCUACAAGGCUCCAUGUAGUCAUAUAUAGGCAUAUAAAUCUAUUUUUUUCUUUUGUUCCUUCCUUCCUUCCUUCCUUUCAAAGGUUUGCAUUAACUUUCUAAAGUAGUUCUUAUGGGGGCAUUGAGGAGCUUCCUCAUUCUGGGAAAACCAAGAAAAUUCACAUUCUCCUAACACGACCCAUAACACCAGAGUUGCCUGCCUCCCGUGAGCAGCGGCCCCCUUUGUGGGGCACAGUGUUGGACUUUUUCCUGAUUUCCCACAGGCACACGUGUUCACACACACGUCCCAGCCGGGUGGCCGUGCUCUCCCAGCAGGUCCCUGCAGACCCUCCGGAAGUAACCGUCUCCGGAGCCCACACUGAGAGCCCGACAGGCCCAGGUGUGACCUAGCGCUCCCAUGCAGCCUUUCCACGUCACCCGGGCAGAGCCUGUGCUUUGAACGCCUCUCUUACUCUUCACGCUGGCAAAGCAGGAGAGAGCCGGACAUGAGAGGUGGUGGAGAGGGAGAUAGAGGCGAACAGGUUGCAGAGCAGGGAGGCAGUAAAGGUGAUUGUUCAGGCCAGAGAGAUGGAGGGAGGUGACAGGGGGCUAGGGGAAUGGGGGUGGACAGCCCCACUCUAGCCUUGAAGCAAAGCAAAAGAAAAGGGGACAAAGCCAAGGGCCACGUCCGUGGCUUCCCACCCGAUAACCCCUCUGGGAUUCGAGAAGAAGUAGAGAGGAAAAUGCAGGGACAGGUUGUAACAGAGAAAUGAGCUAACUCCAGGCCUUAGAGCCAGGGAAGGUGGGUCACUUAGGUGGGCUCUAGACUCAGCAGCUAGCCCAGAGAGAGGAUCCACGGAGACUGGCCAUGUUUUGAAGGGACGAGACUUUGUGCUCAGACGCCCGUCUUCCCCCUGCAGUGAGGGGCUGAGGUCAGAGAGUCUUCUAAGCUCUUCCUGAGUGAACUCUGGCCAGUUCAGGCUCCCUCCCUGGGGUGGGGGAUGGAAGAAAGGCCCAGGCCAACCAGGAAACGGAUGCUCGGAAGUGCUGUCCUUUGGCAGCCACACUUUGACCCCAGGAGACUCCCAUUCUCCACUGACUUUCCUCGACAAAUGGGUGGCUUUGGGGCUGCCCCCUGAGGCUGGAGAUGGCCCGCCAGGAAAGGGGGUUUGGACACUGGCAAGGAGACCCUUUCUCACUGUGAACCCAGCUCUCUCUACGCUCUCUCGACGGCACGGCACCGUGGAGACCCCUCCAACACUGAACUGGGGGCAAUGAAGAGGGGCAACGAAGAAGCAGAUCUCUUCCAGCUAGCAGAAAAUUUGCAGCUGCGGAACUUGGGGGAUGGCUUCUGCUCCCCGAGACAGGACGGUUGGCUGGGGAUGGGAGAGGUGGUGGAUUUUCACAGGACAAAGGGCCUGAUGGGAAUGGAAUGGCAACCGCAAGGACUCACUGGACCUGCCCCGUCUCUCUGUGCAAUAGCCCCCAGCCCCCAGCCCCCAUUCAACGCCAUAGGCCAGUAUCGUGAACCUUCCCCGCUUGCCCCUUUCUGCCCACGCUCCCUUUGGAUCUUGAGCAGCCAUCUAACUGGGACCUGCCAGGUGGAUACUGGGGUACCAUUCCCCCUAAGAAAAGACUGAGCCAGGCACUGCAUACCCCACCCCUACCCCUCCCCAGGCUUGGACCUGGCUCCUGAGAGGGGUUCUCUCCACGCCCCGCCGAUGUUUACUGGACUUUGAAUGGGCCUCUGCCCCUUACACUGACUCUUUGCUGUCAGCCACGAGACGGGGGCCAGGGCCUGUAACUCCACCAGUCUCUUCAGAUUCCCAGAGUUCGUGGCAACUAAUGCAUACCUGUGAGUCUCCAGUGCUUGCAGGGGGUGAUUCUGGUCACCUGGCCACUCCCUAGAGGACACUGGACCUUCAUGACAGGUGGAACUAAACCUCUCCAAGGGGAGGUCUGGCCUGAACCCAGAGUGGAGAGACCAUGGGGAGAGAGUCGCGGGGGGCAACGGGGCCCAGGCCCUGGGCAGGGGUGGGGUGCUGUUGGCAGCGAAGUCCCGGCCAGCUUCUCCUGGCCCCCAGGCUUCCCGCUGGCCACCGACUGCUCACCUGGAGGCCUCAGGCUCCCACCGUUCCGUGGCCUCCAGUCUCAGUGUUGCAGCCCUCGACAGGAGGUCUCUCCUCAUCUCCCUUUUGACUCGCGCCUCACUCCAGCUGUGUGGCCCACGACCGCUGCCCAGUGACGGAGGCAGGCCCAGCCAGGACCGAUCCCACUCCUCCCCCCAGGAGCUGCCCUGCCCGCCCCGGCAAGGGAGGGUGUUUGGGGAGGAAGAGAAUCCAGACUUUCUCAGACAGCCAGGCCUGGACAGGCAGGCCUGGAGACAUCCAACCCUCACAGCGGGAAGGAAGGGAGGCCUGGGAGGCCCUACAGGGUCCCCCCUCCUCCCCUCGCCCAUUUUCCCAUUACUACCUUGGUGGUCUCCACGGUAACCCCUGCAGGGUCAGCCUCCUCUAAGGUCUGCGGGAGGCGGGCCUCAACCUCCCUUCUCUCGCAGCCACAGGGCUGCCAUGGCAACUGCCCAGCCCCCUAGGAGUGGGCACUGUUCUCCCUCUCCAUCUGCUCAGCUGCCCAGAGGGCUCCAGCCCAGAGUGGGAACGUCAGAGAGGAGCAGGCCCAGGAGAAGCAACAGCCCUCUGGCCUCAGCGAGGACCCUGGGCUUCCGAGAGAGAGGAGGCUAAGCUUCAGGGCUUGGUGGGACGAGGGGUGGGGCCCGACCUGCCAGCAGCCCGGGCGUCGUGCUGUCUGUUUUUGAAACCACUGAAGCGCAAGGCGUGUCUUGCACUUUUCUCCGCUUUUUCUUUCUCUUCGGUUUUUGUGUCUUUUUUUAAACAUACUUUCUUGGUUUUCUAAUGGAGUAUAUAGUUUAGCCAUCUCCACAGACUCUGGCCUCCUCUCCUUAACUCCUUCCGGAGGGGAAAGGGAGGUGGGAGGGCCACCUCCCUGCCUGCGCCCACCCUCCCCCCCCAGGUCUCUGGUCCCCGGACGCCAGCCUGAGUCUCACCUCCCGCCGCCGCCACCGCCGCCGUCACACAGUAGCCCACAUGGAUAGACAGUUGUCAGACAAGAUCCUUCAGAUUCCGAGUUGCCUACCGGUUUGUGUUUUUGGUUUUUUUUCUUUUUAAGACAGCAAUAACCACAGCACAUAUUACUGUAGUUCUUGAUAGUUUUGCAUACAUACAUACAUACAUACAUACCUACAUACCAUAGCUCUAUUUUCUCCUCUUUUUUGUUUUCAACUUUUUUAAAGAAAAUAAAUGCUCAUAAUCUUUACUGGUAAAAAAGGAUGGAUAAGCAAACCAGCAAACAAAACCAGUUUGUGGUAAAAAAAAAAAAUGCGGGGGGAAAAAAAUCACCCGAAUGCGGAAGAACUCGCCUCCUGUUUAGCAUUUUGUACCUACAGAAAUAAAAACGAGAAAAAAAAUACAGAGGAUCUCACGUUUUAUUAAAAAGGUGAAGAUUUCUGUAUACUAUUUAUUCAACGUAUAAUUUAUGUUACUCCUUGAUCUUUGUCUUGUGUCAUGACAAAGCCUUUAUUUAAUAAAGUUAUGCGUUCAGUUA